UCACAGGUUUGCACCUGAUAAUGUCAUUGUUAUGUCGUAAAUGUAUAUAAAUCAAAUGAAAAAAUAUUUGAAUUUUAGUUAUAAAUUGUCUACACAUACAUUCAAAUAGGAAAAUGUGACUAAAUUAUUUAUGGCAUAUUUUUUUUCUCUAUUGUUUUUUUUUUUUUUGGAAAGUGAAUAUACAGUGCAAAAAUGAAGACGAUAUCUGGCACCGAAAAUUCAAAAAGACCUUUAAAAACCGUUAUAAAUGGAGACGACAGUAUUUCCGGUUAUGGAACUAUUUCCGGUGGAGCACCAGCAGAGCUGACGUCAUGGAGACGUUAUCUAAUAGGACCUCUUUUAUCGGUUUAUAUGUUUGGUUACAUGAUGUCAUAUUAUACCAUUACAGAAUACACCAAUAAGACGUGGCAUGACAUAAAGUUUAAAGAAGCAAAUAUUUCUGUAAACAGUUCGUCCUUAUCUGUGUGUGUUGCAAAUAAAAGUAGUCCAGAAUUCAAAGUUGAGAGUGAAGCGACGUCUAUGGCUGCACAAUAUAUGGUCUAUUAUAGUUUAUCUCAAGGUAUUCCAGCCGUAGUGUCGAACCUUAUUCUUGGCUCGUAUACAGACGCACUAGGUAGGAAAUUUUUACUUGGCGUAGGAAUUUCUGGAACAACAUUACGGUUGAUAUUUUCGGUUAUUAUCAUAUAUUUCAAAUUUGAUAUGUUAUAUUUCAUUGGAGCAUGCUUCAUAGAAGGUUGCACCGGCCAGUAUGCCACAUUCCUUCAAGUAUGUCUUGCAUAUGCGGGGGAUAUUACCAAACCUGGCAAGCAAAGAACUAAUGGAAUGGCAUAUAUUAUGUUUAUGCUUGGAAGCUCAUUAACUUUGGCCAGUUUUGCAGCAGGAUAUCUUAUACAAAAUUAUAACUUCUACGUUCCUUUGGCAGCUGCCGUAGUCCUACUAACAAUAGCGUUUUUUAUGAUGUUGGUUCUUCUACCAGAAUCAUUUCCCCCGGAGAAAAGAAAAACAGGCAAAUCUCUCAGGGAAGUAGUUGGGCACAGUUUCUCAUUUUUCAUAUCUAAAGACUAUGGCAGCAACCGAUGGAAAUAUCAGUUUUUACUGCUAGCCCAUGGUUUCUGCGAAUUUAGCUUUCUUGGACGCAUAGGUACAGAAACCAUUUAUCAAAUGUCCACGCCAUUUUGUUGGAGUGCUGAAAAGGUUGGGUUGUAUGGGGCGGCAAGGACAGUUGGAAUGAUGGUGUUUGGGGUGUGGUCUGUAAAAUUCUUUCAGCUAUUUUUACCAGAUGUCAGUAUUGCUAUGAUAGGUGUAUUGUCCUACGCCGGAUGUUUCACUAUAACAGCACUGGCAAACAACAGCGCAAUGCUUUAUCUAGCGGCGGCUGUAUCAAGUUUUGGGCCAUUAGAGUCGAUAGUUAUAAGGAGUGUCGCGUCCUCAUUAUCUGAACCUAGUAAACAAGGAGCUAUCUUUGCAGCGUUCGCAUCUGUAGAAAUCAUUGUUAAUCUUCUUAGUAAUGUUGGAACCAGUGCUAUAUACUCUGUCAGUGUGAAGUUCAUGAGAGGCUUUGUAUUUUUAGUACUGUCGUCAUUUGAUGGUAUUGCUUUCGUUCUGCUCAUAAUAUUAUUGAUUAGAUGGAAACGUGAAGAAAGGAAGAUAACUAUGGUGAAGAUAUGAUUAUCUUUUAAUUUAGUGCAAAAAGAAGGAUUACUCGAUGUUAAAAGCGUUCAAAUAAGUGUUUUUUUCCACACAUUUUGUGUUAAUACGAUUGUUUGUAUUUUGCAAUUUUUGUUUAUUUUAUACAAAGCAUCAUCUCGUCUGCUGAUGAAUCUUAAUAGUAUUUGAAUAUUUUUAUUUGUAAAAUAUCUACUGUAUAUUAACUGACAAAACUUGAGUUAAUGUUUAAAUUAUAUUAAAUUUAUUCCUGGUCUCACAAGAUUGGAGUUUUAUUAUGUGGACAAACACGUACUUUUAUUCACUUGAAUUUGACUACCUUUAAUGAAUAAGCAAUUUAUGGCAUUAAAUAAUGUUAAGAUAAGAUUCAAGUGUCAUUAUAUUUUUAUGAUUCCUCAUUUUUGUAGGCUUUAUCAUAAUAAUACUAUGAGGUACAUUUCAAACAAUGGAUUUGUAUCUUUCGGCGGGUGUAUAUCAAUUCAAGUCGUUGGAAUCUUUUAUUUUUCUUCGGAGGUAGUGCAUGGACACAGCAGUUGUCCCAUCAUACAGGCGAUCCUUGUUAUUUGACAAAUCCUGUGAAGGGCACCGAAAAAUACAAGGGACCUCGGAUUUUAAGAUCUCACCUAGAAGAUCAUUUGUAUUGUUAGUGUUAGAGUGGGGGAUCGAACCUUCAAGAUCCCUGAAAAUAAUUAAUUAUACCAGCGUGUUAAUACCACUGAACCACAUUCCAAUGACCUAAAACUUAUUUGAGAGACUAUAGAGACACCACCGGAACUAUAUUGGCAACUCACUACAGAAUACUGAUUUUUUUAUUGUUGGUUAGUACAGAUUAUGAAAUUAUUCCGGUCCGUUUCUUUGGCAUGGCAGUUGUAAAGCACUAUUACAGAGGACCCCAGUUCUUAAUUGAGUCUCGUCUGCAAAUGUUGAUGGAUAAGCGCGGGAUCAAACACUAUGCCUCUAUAUCUGAUAUCAAAUAAUCACCACUGCGCAUGCUCUGAGAGAA